UCUUUAUAGAUCAGUUUAGAUCCGUACCGACGCUCGUCGGAGUUGAAUCGCGAAGCCGCGUUCCUUCUUACAAACAUUAACAUCAUACGCGUUACGUCAAGCUUGAAUGAAAGCAGGAAUAAAAGUUUAAAAUAGUGAUUGUUUUUACCGAUACGUUUCGAGUCAGAGCGAGAACUGAGUGUGCGUCGUACGUAGCGAACGUAUCAUGUCGACGUCCGGUGAAUACGUUUGCCAAUUAUCAGCAGAAGACAAGACGUACGCGGCGGCUAAUUUGAAUGAAACCGACGAGAUCCGACCGAUUAAAAUUCAGGAGAUCAGGCAGUGGAUAUUAGAGAACGAAGAACUACAUGCACCCACUGACGACUUUUUCAUCCUUCGUUUCUUGAGGGCAUGCAAGUUCAACGUGGAGAAGGUCAAAACGAAGUUAAGGAACUAUCAAAAGCAGAGAACGAACAUGCCAGAGUGGUACAGCAACAGGAACCCUUCCCUGCCAGAAUUACAGGAACUGUUCGAUCUGGGGGUGUUUCUGCCGUUGAGGCAAUUGGACGACGAAGGCAGGAUGGUAGUGAUAAUACGCGCGGCUGUCCAUUCGCCGAGCCGGCACAAAAUGUCAGACAUGCUCAAGGCGUCACUGAUGACUUUGGAUCUAGCGUUACGGGAUCACGAGUCCGUAACGAUUCACGGUAUAACGGCUAUCUUGGACAUAGCCGGUAUGACAUACGAGCACGUUCUCCAAUUACCGCCGAGAGUGAUCAAAAGCCUGGUGCACGCAUGGCAGGGAUGCUAUCCAUUGCGAAUUUAUUCGCUGGACUUCAUAAAUGCGCACCGUUUUAUAAACGCGGUGCUGAACAUCUUCAGGAGUUUCAUGAACGCGAAGCUGAAGCAAAGGGUGCACACGCACGCGCGCGGGGAGCUGAAGCUGUACGAAGCGUUGCCGGUGAGCAUCUUGCCGGAGGAGUACGGCGGCACGGACGGCACUGUCAAAGACCUGUGCGAGUACUGGAAACGUGCCGUGAGGAAAAACCACGACUGGUUCGCCGAGGAAGAAAAGUACAGAUUGACUCCUAUUAAGUAACUCGAUUGAUUUUAAUUCACGAUUACGAGGGAACGCAUUGUUAUGCAAUUGUUGUCUGGGACGGUUAACGUAGCUGAGCCACAUAGGUGUGUGUACGCACGUACGUGAUAGAAGUCCGAAAUAUUUUGUAUUUUUUUUUUUUUCAAGACACUUUUUUAUACAGGAAGUAAAACGGAAACACAUGAA